UUGCCUGCGAGGCCACAUGCAGAAACGCAGGACGGCGCCGCUGUGGCACACGACGGCGAGCCGGUGCUGGACCGAAGGCCAUGGACGUCGUGCCGAUGGAUGGCAUCAUGGGCGCGUUCGCCUGCGGGGCCACGGGCAGCCAGGCCGGACGGCGCCACUGUGUCGCCCGUCGCGCGCGCCGAGUAGCGCUUCAUCGGAUGGCCUCGGGAUACUUCCGCGUCACGGACGGCAGCGACGAGCCGAGGGUGCCGUGCGGAUCUGAGGACCGCGGCUGAUGGCCGGUAUCGCUUCCUCGGGAGGCAGCGGCGGCACAGCGCCUCUUCUCAGGCUAGGCGUUGUCUUCCUGAAUUUCCGUCCUCCGGGUCUGCAUCUAGCGCCGCCGUUUUCGACCUCUCGGACUGAGCCCCACCGUCGCCACCCACAUGUACCGCUCCCAAUCCAGCCUCGGUUGUUGACCCGCUGCUCUGCGCCUCCCUCAUGGAGAGAGGGGGUUAAUUUUGUUGGAUUCUCUCCCGGCAGGUCUUCUAUUCUCUCUGAUUCCCUCGCGGCUGGGCUUCUUUCUCUGUCGCGGCAAGAGUCGUCGUUCAGGGACGUUAUGGGGAUUUGGGUGCCGGAGCAGGUCGGGGCAUGGAGGCCCGUGGUGGACGCCGUGCACGCAAUGGGCGGGCAGCAGCUAGCAGGUGAGCUUCGAUGGCCGCCGCAACGCGUGAGGGACUGACAUCAUCGAGAUGGCUGGGCUCGGAGGAGAUGCCCCAUGUCAUUGACAGGUUCGGACGUGCCGACUGGAGCGUCGUCGACGCAGGUAUGUGCACGCACAGAAAAUGCUGCUUCGGUCAGUGUUCUGGCCUUUGAUGCACUCACGCGGUCAUGCCUUGCCAUGGCAUGCUUCGACGGCGUGAAGAUUUUUUGGUGCCAAUGGCUACUUCCUGGACAAUGGAUACGGCGGCCCGUGCAGGUUCGCGCUGGAGGUGAUGAACGCCGGCUGGUGCGGUAGCGACCACCGGGUGGGCAUGCGGCUGCAGCAGUAUAGUUAGACGACUCAGCCCACCUGAGCAUGCGCUGGUGCUACACGUCGUGAGCCCGCUCAACAGCCAUGGCGUGAUCUAUGUUAGUUUGUCUCACUCUAUAUUGUAAUGGGAAUGAAUCUAUUUUCAUUUUAUAAUGGGGACCAAUGCGGUGCAUAAGCUACAUCUUUACCCUACUCUGAAUAUGUCAUGUAUUUUCAAUUUCACCUAUUUCCAUGAUAUGAUAUUCCUGUAAUGUUGUACGUGCUCUGAAGAGC